AUGUGCGUUGAGCACAAGUCUGUUUGUCCAGUCUGUCGGAGACUAUACCUCGUCUAUGUCGCCUUCUGCCACGAAUGCUCGACGGUCGAUGUCCAAGUCCUGUCUGUCCAAAUAGCCGAGUGGGAGGCUGUCUGGUCAUUUAGACAACUACCCCUGGACGACAAGAAACUAAAACUUCUGACCGUUAUUGUCCACUUCUACCACCUGGUCGAUGCCUUCAUACUGUGGAAGGUCCAGGUUGUAUUUUUCAGCAAUACCUGGCGAAACGAAUCUGCUCCCAAGGUUAGCCUGCGAAAAGUUUCUUAG